CUUCAUUUUAUCGUAGAAUUUUAGAGAGAAAAGAAAAUGUGGAUCACGUCGGAUCGGGGUUGCAAGUUGGAGCUCACAAAGCCCGGGCACGGAUGUCAUCUCAUCUCUUCCCCAAACCGCAUAUAGCUUUUCUCUCUCGAUUUCAUCGAUCUAAACACCUCCAUUGAUUUUGUUUUUCUUGGCUAAACCCUCCCUCAUCCAUCUCUUUCUGCAUCAAGCGAUCUCUAUUCUACUGGCCUUCGUUUUUCUUGGCCAUGCGACUUUGCUUUUCUAGGACCAGGAUCUCCCUCUCCAGAGAGGACUCCUUCCAUCCUAUUAAUCAAUAUUUUCAAAGUAUUUCCCUCGAUUUCACCAAUGACCGCUGAUAAUCAGCCCCCUACUUCCUCCUCUAUGCUAUGCAAUGCCGCCGCCGGCGCUGUUGCGGGAGUCCUUGCAGCCACAUUUGUAUGCCCUUUAGAUGUAAUCAAGACCAGGUUUCAGGUUCAUGGUCUAACGCAGCUUAACGGUGGAACCAUUAGAGGCAGUCUGAUAGUCGGGAGCCUACAGCAGAUUGUCAGGAAAGACGGCUUCCGUGGCAUGUACCGUGGCCUUUCUCCAACUAUUAUUGCCUUGCUUCCAAACUGGGCGGUGUAUUUUACUGUUUAUGACUGGCUGAAAGGUUCACUUAGCUCUGAUGGAAGUCAUCAGCUAUCUUUUGGUGCCAAUAUGAUAGCUGCUUCAGGGGCUGGAGUCGCAACAACAAUUGUAACAAAUCCUUUGUGGGUUGUGAAGACAAGGCUACAAACACAAGGAAUGAGAAGAGUUGUAAUGCCAUAUCGUGGUACACUGUCAGCUUUGAUGAGAAUUGGUCGGGAAGAGGGUAUCCGUGGCUUAUACAGUGGUCUUGUACCUGCAAUGGCUGGUAUCAGUCAUGUUGCCAUUCAGUUUCCAGCAUAUGAGAAGAUUAAAGGCUAUCUGGCUAGAAGAGAUAAUAUAGAGGUGGAUCAACUUGGUGCACGUGAUGUUGCUGUUGCCUCUUCAGUUUCUAAAGUAUUUGCAUCUACUCUCACAUAUCCACAUGAGGUUGUUAGGGCGAGGCUUCAAGAACAGGGACACCACUCUGAAAAGAGGUACUCAGGAAUGACGGAUUGCAUAAAGAAAGUGUUUGAGCGUGAGGGCAUCCCUGGUUUUUACCGUGGGUGUGCUACAAAUCUGCUGAGGACGACUCCGGCUGCUGUUAUUACAUUUACUACCUUUGAGAUGAUUCACCGACUUCUUCUUAAUCCCUUCCCUCCUCCUCCUCCUCACACAUUGUCAAAAUGAAAUAUGCAACAUACCUCCUACCUUCUCCUCUUACCUAUUUUGAUUUUUGGAAACUACAAAGAACGAUCAAUUGAUUAUUAUUGAUAUAGCCACAGUUUUUAUACAAUACAGAUUACAGAGGCUUUUCUUUGUUUAUCGCCCACCCAGCCACCUCUACAAUCUACAUACAAACAUACCAUCAUUUUACUCAUAGUUUCUGAAUUUGAAAUGUAUAAAUUAGAUUACUGUCUCGCGGA